AUGUUACAAAUCUCUAGACCAAAGAAUAUGUUCUCGUCACCAACCAGUCAUUUACAAAUACAACCAAAUAUUGACGUGGUGGCAUCAUGUCUUGGUGGUGAUUUGGAGAUGGUUAAAUGCAUCAUCAAGGAAACAGCACAAACGACGGAAGCCCUCGAUGGUGGAAAAAUAUACCUUUUACGUGAUGCCAUUGUAAAUGCAAUGGAGUCGGGAUCAUUGGAAUUGGUCAAGUACCUGGACGAAAACAUUGAAUCAUGUAACAUUGCUACCGAGUGGAAUCGGAAGCCUGGGGCAAUGUGUCGAUCACAAAGCCUACAAGUAAUCGAAUACUUUCUCAGUCGAGUCGCCACUGACCCCCUUGCCGUCGAUGCAAAGUGUAUCGAUGGGAUAUCUAUUCUUUGUUCUUUGGAUGUAGACCUCAUCAAAGAAUACCUAUCUCAUAAAUCAACAUACUUUGCUGCUGACAGCAGUAUGGACAAGAUUGAAUUUGUAUGGUCGGUUGUAUACUUUUUAAAUCCUUUCCAACGUCCAGUACCGUGCAUGCCAAAUGGAAUGACGGCCAAAUCAAAAGGAUGUGAUUCUAUUUUUGAAAAGAUUGGAUCGAUUCUUCCAUACAUUUUCAAUCGGUCAUCAGAACAAGCACAAAUAUUACACAACAAAAUAACAAAUUUAAUCAUGACACAAAACAAUAACAACCUCUGCAUCAUCCCAUCACAAUACCAACCAUUAUAUAAUAUGCUUCUGGCAUUGGAGAUAUUGGCACAAGAUAACAAUAAUGCAAAACUCAAUUUGAAGCAAAGAAUACACUCGGUUGCUAUUCGAGCAAUCAUCGAGCUUGCAACUCUUGAACAAGUCAAGGUAUUUGAAGAAAUCGACCCGUACUCGUUGCGACAGUUUUCACCAUUGUCGGUGGAUUUAUUCCACGAGGAUGUAUUUGCCUACUUUGUCGAAAGAGGAAUCAUUACCGACGAGAUGAUCGAGGAUAUAUUGGUGACAAAUGCCAGUGUCAUAGACCCCGCGGCGCUGCUGUAUUUUGCCAAACACAAACCAGAGUACCUCAAACAACUUGGUGACUGGGAGCUGAAGAAUGCCUCAAACAUGGAAAUCGGUGCAAAGGUGCUUAUCCACCGCGGUAGAAAUCACCCAACAAAGUAUCAAGAGACAAUGGAUGGUAUAGAGACGCUUUGUUACAUUGGCUCACCAACUGAUAACUUUAUGAUUAAAUAUUUGGUGGAAACCAAACGAUGUUGCGAUCUCUAUGCUCUGGGAGGUGCAAUCAUUGCUGGUAAUUUUCAACUAUUCGAUUAUAUAGCAUCGAUUAAAGAUCCCAAACGAAUUGUUUCGAGCAAACCACCACAACUUGGUGGUGUAAAGUGGUUCCCUCAUCAAAAGAUUGAACGUGUACUUGACAAUCUCAUCGGACAGCUGUCAUUCCAAAAAUGUGUUUGGUGCAUCUGA